AUGUCCAUCAUAUCGAUGGACAGCGUGCUUCUCGUGGAUGCCAUCAGAAAAGGAACCCUCACAGCAGUUCAAGUCACCACCGCGUUUUGCAAGACUGCAGCAAUUGCACAUCAAAUAAACAACUGCCUUCACGAAAUCUUCUUCGACCAGUCGCUGGAGCGUGCGACAUUCCUUGAUGAUUAUUAUUCGAAGCACACCGCAACCAUUGGACCUCUACACGGCCUCCCCGUAAGUUUGAAGGAUCAAUUUCACGUCAAGGGCAAUGAUACUACCAUGGGCUAUGUCGAAUGGAUUGGCAGCAACCUUGGUAUCAAAGAUCCCAAUGAGAAACAUCAGGUGCAAAGUCAAAUCGUAAGUGAGUUCGUAGGGCUGGGAGUAGUGCUCUAUUGCAAAACAAGUCUUCCUCAAACUCUUCUCUUUGGUGAGACCAAGAAUAAUAUCAUUAGCCAGACUCUCAACCCAAACAACCAAAAUCUUUCCUGCGGCGGCUCUUCAGGCGGAGAGGGCGCUCUACAAGCACUUCGCGGCAGCUCUCUCGGCCUGGGUACGGAUAUUGGCGGCUCUGUUCGCAUUCCAGCUGCAUUCAACGGGAUAUUCUCUCUGAAGCCGACCCCUGAGAGGAUAUCCUACCGAGAAGUGGCAAACACCAAUCCUGGGCAGAACACCUAUCGCUCGACAGUAGGUUUUAUGAGCACCUCUCUCGGAGGUUUAGAGCUGGCACUCAAAUCGGUGCUUUCGACACGGCCAUGGCUGCGUGAUCCAGCAGUGGUUCCCAUUCCUUUCCGUCAGGAUAUAGUCGAUGAGUACCUCUCUCGAGCGGACUGGGAUGGAACAGCAAAAGCGUCUGGAUUGGCCCUUAAACUUGGAGUCUUCUGGACCGACGGUGUUGUGACACCUCAGCCUCCUAUCACUCGCGGUCUUCAAAUGGUUGUUGAUGCUGUCAGAAAUGCAGGACACAAGCGUAUUGCGCCGGUCUAUGCUAAACAAAGUUCUUCACAGGUAUCUUUCCUCAAGGCUGACGGGGCCAACGAUAUCCACGCUCAGCUUGAUCUGUCUGGCGAACCACUUAUUCCCGACCUUGCCGCUGCAUUCCGUCUCAAACAGCCCAUUGGACUGCUAGAGUACCAAGAUUUGACCUUUCAAGGCCUCGAGUACGAGAGCCAGUACUCCGACUACUGGAAUGCAACUGCUGAAGAAGACGGCCAGAUUGUCGACGCAGUCAUCAUGCCUGUGGCACCACACGCGGCCGUCAUCCCUGGAAAGUUCUACCACACUGGUAUGACGCUAAAAUCUCUGAACCUGUUUAAAUAUAGCGCUGUAGUCAUUCCUAUUGCAAAAGCCGACAAAAAUCUUAAUGUAUUCGACGACGGUUACCAACCUUUGAACGCGACUGACAGAUUGAACUGGGAAGCAUAUGACCCUGAGAUCUAUGACGGAGCGCCUAUUGGUGUUCAGCUGGUAGCGAGAAAAUUCGAAGAGGAGAAAAUAUGGGCCAUUGCGAAAAUCGUCCAUGCCUCACUGCAGAAGGAGCAACAAAAGCCAAAAAUUUGA